AUGGCUACCGUACCAACAUACAAGCUGUUCUGCAUUGGAAAUCCCCUGUUGGACAUCCAGGUCAGGGGUGGGGAAGCGCUACUCGAGAAAUAUGGUCUCAAAGCCAACGAUGCCGUUCUGGCAGAGGAAAGGCAUAUGCCGAUGCACGUCCGGCCAAGCGCUCACUCGUAUGACGAGCUCGUCCAGAAUUACCCCGUUACAUAUGUCGCUGGAGGAGGGUCUCAGAACGCUGCUAGAGCCGCUGCUUAUGUUCUGCUCCCUGACUCCGUCGUCUACGUUGGAUGUGUGGGUGACGAUGAGUUCGCAGACCGACUUCGCGCUGCGAACAAACGAGAAGGUCUCCACGACCGUUAUCUCGUUAAAACGGGAGAGAGAACAGGCGCCUGUGCUGUUAUACUAACCGGUUAUCACCGGUCCCUCGUUCCAACUCUACGAGCUGCAGAGAAGUUCGAGAAAUCCCACCUUUCGUCACCAGAAGUGGCGCCUCUGGUAGAUGCCGCCGGAUAUAUCUACGUGGAUGGCUACUUCCUCACACAUGGCACGGAGUCUGUGUUCGCACUGAACCUCGCCGCGCCUUUUAUUGCACAAUCCUUCAUUGCUCAGCUACAGAGUGUCCUUCCCUACUGCGACAUCAUCAUCGGGAACGAGACCGAGGCCGAAGCAUAUGCCUCCGCGACAGGUCUUCCGGAACCUAAGAACCUCGUCCUAACUGCCAGAGCUAUCGCACUCUUGCCGAAAGCGAACCCGAAACAGCCGCGUAUCGUCGUCAUUACACGUGGACCCGAACCGACCGUGCUCGUGUCUAGCGUAGAUUCAAAUAAUGUCAAGGUGUAUAAAGUGACACCAAUCCCCGAUAGCCUGAUCGUAGACACUAAUGGUGAUGGCGAUGCAUUCGCGGGGGGCUUCCUCAGUGCCCUCAUUGCGGGCAAGAACCUUGACGAAUGUGUUGAGGUUGGACACAAGAUGGGUGCCAUGUGUGUCCAGAUGGUCGGUCCUCAAUUCAAGUGGCCGAAAGUCCAGAUUCUCUGA